CGACUCUCCAUCGCACCUUCCCAUCAGUAUGGGUAACCGCUUACUUCCAGGGUGAUCACUGCUCAUUGCUGUGUAUUGUGUCGCAUUAUGUUGGGAUGAAGUUGGUGAUGGGGAUGGGGAAGGAAGGAUCAAGAAGAGGAAGGGACGAUACGGGAUAACGGCAACCAGGAAGCAGAAGGGCACACAUCUGGGCCUAUCAGUAGCGAGCUCCCGUCUGGAAGUCAGAUUUCAGGGUUCACUACUACUCGAGUUACUUGAGUGGUGCGUGUUCUCCAGCUUCUUCUGGUGGGGUGUAGUGGUGGUUGCAGAUGCACCUGCACCUGCCUGCUGGGGAGGGGAAAGCUCUCGAAAUAGAGCCAGAACUGGCAGACAACCGAGGAAUGGGGACAUCGACAGCACUCUUCUGUCCCUCUACUCCUAUCCAUAGCACUCUUUUCUUCCUUCUCAUUCGCUCUUCUGUCGGUCGUACGGCAGGUGGUCGAGUCUCCCCAUCUUACCUAGGUAAGUCUCCCUAUUCCCGGUUGACACCCUUCAUAUCCAUUUUAGCUUGACUCUAGCUCUGCGGCUCUGGACUACCUGGUAGUAAGUACAUGUGGACUCGUACCGAGCUCACUUAGCCCAGGUACUCGAUAGUCAAAGGCGAGUAGUGACUGGACUGAAGGAGCGUCUGUUUGAACAUCACCUUUCUGUUCAUCACAACUUCAUACCCAUCACAAUCCGUCGCUUCGCCAUCCCGUCGCCGCGGCUCAAGGAUUGCGUGCGGACGGGGAAAAAGUAUGACCGGGAGGCGCUCCGUGGAUGCAGGUGCCUUAUCAACACACUGGCCUGAGGCCAUCAUCGCCCCCACCAGCCCCCAUAGGGAAAGCGGUGAUGGAAGUCUUCAUCUGCCGUCGAUAAUUUUUAUUUUUGGAAAUCUCCCCCUCCAAAUCUCACACAUCCCACCAUCGCGUAAACCGCCUCACCUGCAUAUCACCUCCCGCACGCUACAGAAUUCCCUACCGAAGCAGCCUAAUCUGGUUAAUCGAAAAGACCGAAAUAUUUUCGAGAUCUAUUUCUUUUGGUCAGCAGAACCCAGCACUUCGUCAUCGUCCUACAUACUGUAUCUUUCGGAAACGAGUGUAACCCCGCCACACUAUCGAACCGAGGGCUUGGGAAGGAAUAGCAAACUUUUUGCAGAAGAGGCUCAAUUGCGCCAAACAGCCAGGACAAAAAUAGACAUUCACACAAUCGACUUCUUACCUCGGUAGAGAAAUCGCAAAAAUGCCACACACAAAUCGCAAAAAGAAAGGCACCAGCGCCGCACCCAAGAAACCACUCAUCACACACACAAAACGCAAGGAAGUUCUUGACGAAGAAGGCUGGGUCCACGUCAUCGACAAGCCGUCGAAACCAAGAUCAAUUGCCCCUCCCUCCGAAAAAGACGAAGCGAAAGAGUUAUGGGCUAUCGCAGCAGAUUUCAAACUCGGAAAUGCAUAUUAUGUCAAUCGGACAGAGGAAGAAUUGGAGAUUGAAUAUACGAGGGCGCGGAAAGCAUGGGGUCAAAGCGAAGCGUGCAGAAGGGUGAGGAUACUACUCGAGGAGAAGACAGAAGGCGAGAAGGAGAAGAUAAAAAAUGUGGUGGUGCUUGGUUUAGGGAGUUUACAGAAUGCGAGGGGAGAGGGGAGGAAAGCUUCUUUUACGCAACUUGUUGCGUUGGAGUCCAUUCUGGAGAACUUUGGUGAGCUCUAACCACAAUUCCUGUCGAAGCGUUGCGAACAAGAGGGGGAUAUGCUAAUACAAAACAGGGAGGGAAACAAAAAUACCCGUCUACCUCCAGGAUCCAGCGUUCACAUCUCUCGACACCGAGUACCUCCAGAAACUUGAAUAUACCGUUCUUCCUGACCCGGAAGCUUUCGAACAUAUUGAUGGAAAUACACUGGUCUACGCAAUUCAUUGUUAUGCCAAUAUAUACGAAAAGGUUGGCAAGAGAGAAAAUGCUGCUGUGAUGAUUUGUACGGAUAUGGAAAUGUUUGAGUCCUCAAGGAUGUAAGUCUUUCUUUCAAUCAUCCAGUCUCAAAAGGCACCCACCAAUCUUUACUGAUAUCAAUUUCAGAGAAAAAGAAGAAAGUGAGGCUAACAAGACUUUGCAAGUCAUGGUUGAUGGCUACGAGAAGAUCCCUUUUCCACAGAUCAGAAGUGAUUUUUCUGACACCAUAAUAUACUGGAGGCGAGACGAGGAAAUACCAGCAAUCGAGGAGACAGCUGUAAUUGGAGAGAAGUCGGAACCUUUACCGACUGAGGAGGAUGUUCCAGAAACGAAACCUGUUGAAGAACUGGUCUCUACAGAAGAAGCGAAAACCGAGGAGCAGAAAAUUGAGGAGCCAAAAAAUAAGGAAUCAACCGCAGCUGCAAAAGUUACCAUACUCGUGGAGGAAGAGUCCAUAGAAACUCCCGAGGCACAACUGCUUGCGGAAGUAAAAGCUGCGGAAGUAAAGGAUGCGGUAGAAGAAAAGAUGUCGGAGCCAGAGUCGACGGGAGGAGUCAAGAUCUGAUCAUCUGAAAGUAUUCACGGAACAUCUGGUGAUUAUGGUCUCGCUAGAUUUAACCUUCGUAUUUUGGUCAAAGACCGGGGUACCGUGGCGGAAAAUCAAGCUUCCAUAGUCAGCUUAUUCAAAUGAAAAUACUCGCAGGAUGGAGCGUAGAGUGAUGACUGAAUUCCUGAUACGGCGUCUAUCUAACUCCACCUUCCUCACCUGUCCCCCAUGAAAGAACUUUCGUUGCAGUACCCAAUUUCCGUGACGCUCUCCGCUGUUGAGAACUUGGUUUUCUUGCUUUCGGUGAUCCCGUACAGCACUCAAAGUUACCCCGCCACUGUUUCCUUUCACAGCCCUCAGCGCCCGGACCCUUUUCACAUUAUUUAUUUGUCACCAAAAGGUUCCGAAAAGUUUGGCAAGGUUGGAAUUUUUGAAAGGUCGAAACGGAAACUUGCGAUUUCGAUGGCGGAUUCUGGAGAGGAUUCGUACUGUACGUGACUUGGAACUGGGCCAAGUGAUGAUAAGAGGUGAUCUGCUGGGUUUGAAACGGUGCGUACGAGUAAGUUACCUCGGUUAACCGUUAAGUAGCUUUUCUGUAGUGAGGGAGGAUGCGAUGGGGCUAUGGGCUGGCCUGGGCUUAAUCUUAUCGUGUGGGUGAGGGGACUCCACAAGGCUGUGUGGAAAUUGGAUGGAGGUACGGAGUAUUGAGUGUGCUGACGUCUUGGGGAGGAUCUCCCGGGUACGUACGGAGGUGCUGUAGGUUGGGGGUUUUCUUGGGUUUGUUUCUGUGUGUUCUUUUGUCUUUCAACGUUGGUUUUUUGUGACGAUUUUUUGAGGUUUUGAGGGUUUGGUGAUUACGAAGAUUGAGAUAAGGAAAUAUACGGAUUUGGAUUUGAGGUUAGGAAGUGAGGGUUGAACAAGACUGGAGGAGACGAGACUGGAUUGGAUUGGAUUGGAUUGGACACGUUACGUUUCUGGAAUUGGAUCUGGGAUUGGAAUUGGAAUUGGAAUCGGAAUCGCAAUCGAAUUGGAAUCGAAUUGGAAGAGAGGACGUGAGAUCAGGUGUGAUUAUCAUUGCGACUGAGAUUGGAUCGGAUUGUAUCGGAUUCACGACACGACAUAUACACCCACGAUACAGAGACAGAGAUAGAGAGACGGAGAGUCUGUAUCUGAGCAAAAGAAAGAGAACCAACACACAAACCCACAAACUCAAGGAAAAAGACGCAACAUCGAAAUCGACAUCAACAUCAACAGACAUCAUCAUCAUCAUCAUCACCCAGAGAAAGAAAUAAAAAGAGAAAACAUGGCCCUACCCUACCCCACCGACCCAUCCGCUCACCUAGAGUUCCCAGAGGAAAGAGAUCAUCGGGUUCAAAAUCAACAGCAACAGCAGCAACAGCAACCGCAGCGAUCUCCGCAUGCGCAUACGGCUCCGUACCCGGUUUCUGUGUAUGCGGGUUCGAACUCGAAGGUUAAUCUUUCAGGCGGAGAUGGUGGUGGAGGUGUUAGAUAUGCGAGAUCGAAUGGGGAUUUGAAUGGAAGUGGAGGAGGAGGAGGUGUUAGAUAUGCGA